CAACAACAACAAUAACAACAACAAUCCCGCAAAGAUGAACAAUGGAAGUCCGGCUCCGUCGCCGGCGUCUCAGAUGCCUCCCGCCGGCCAUGUGCCCAACUCGCCGUCCCUCACCUCGAGUCUCUCCGUGGACACCUCCGCCACCUACGACCCCGAUGCCCCCAAGUACUUCUUCCAGGAGAAAUACGCACCCCUCAAUGUAAAGGGCAACUUCUUGACCUUGUGUGCCUGUCCCAAGAACGUGGAGCUGGGUGAAUGGCUGGCCCAUCAGAUCGUUGAACAAUAUCGCUUGCUCCAUGGCAUGCUCCAGGUUAUCCAGGAGGUCAAUAGCCUUACAGGACUGCCGAUCUGUAACGAGAACACCUGCCCCACCAUGUCGGCUGGUCGCUUGACCUACACCUGGCUGGUUGACGGUCGUGCCGCCAAGAUCUCGGCCCCCAAGUUCAUCAACCGUGUUGAGAAAUGGAUUGUCAGCAAGAUUCACGACCCGGUCAUGUUCCCCACGGAAAAGGUUACCGGUGUACCAGACACCUUUGCAGUCAAUGAAGCGGGCGGGCCCAGCGCUACUUCCGGGGAGGAGUGGAUCGGCAAGUCCAGCGGCUUCCCGCAGACGUUCUACAAGGACUGCCAGGGCAUCAUGAAGCAGAUGUUCCGAUGCUACGCCCACUUGUACCACGCGCACUGGCUGAACCCCUUCUGGCACAUCAACAAGCAUGACAUUCUCAACAUGUGCUUUGUCCACUUUGUCACGGUGGCCAAAUACUACAAGCUCGUGUCUGACAAGGAAAUGGAGCCUAUGCAACCCCUUAUCGACCUGUUCAUCAAGCAGCAGCGGAUCCCUCCGGAGGCGCUGGCAGGUGGCCACUGGGGCCAGCAAGCCUCUAGCUGAGCUAGGGCGCAGCAGAAUUCCCAUUCUUCCUUCCUCAAGCAAGAAAGUGGUCCGACCUGGCGUUGGAACCCUUUGAUCGGAUUAGACGAACCGACUUGAUCCUAUGAUCGCGGUUUCAUGGUGUCUUGACUUUUGCAGGACGCCGCGUGGAUUACGUGACACAGUGUUGGCGUUAAGCAUUUAGCAUGCGGUGUGAAAUAUGUUCUUCCUGUGAUUUCCUGCAUAUCCAGUCGUGGGACCCCCCACCGACUACGCGAUUCUUGUAGCCUAGAUUAACCUUGCGCAUCCUGGCUGGACGAGAGCAUUUUGAGAUUAUUUACCUGGAACUAGCCUGACGUGGAGAUGACACUGAUCAGCCAAAUUGAGAUUAUGAACAAUUAGCAUGAAGAUAACG